AUGUCUCAGCUGCUUGCUUCCGUUCUCAUAUCCCUGAUGCUGCAGCUUCUUGGUGCCUGGACAGAGAAGCUUCCCUGCUUUCCCCAGAUUAACCCCCUUGUUUCUCAAGAUGGGGACCUGGUAAUUGGGAUCUUUUUAUCCUUGUUUUCUGUUGAAGUAAAUAGGGAAACAGGAGCAGAAAUGUUUAAAAGUCCUCCUAACAAAGCCUAUAGACCUUAUCAGUGGCUGCACAAAAAUUAUCAACAGGCUCUGACUCUAUUAUUUGCUGUAGAGGAAAUCAAUAAGAAUACUAGUCUCCUGACCAACAUUUCCUUGGGAUACCAUCUCUACAACACUUACCACAGUGAUGAGAGAACAUUGGAGAGCUCCUUAAGUUGGCUGUCUGGGCAGAGCCAGUUUAUUCCUAACUACAAUUGCAGGGAGCAGGACAACUCUGUGGCUGUUAUUGGAGGAGUAACAUCAGCUCUUUCUGUUCAGAUGGGGACCCUACUUGACCUCUACAAAUUUCCACAGAUUAGCUAUGGACCAUUUGAUUCCAUUCUUAGUGACAAGGUCCAGUUUCCCUACAUUUAUCAGAUGGCCCCCAAAGAUUCUUCUCUUCAACAAGGUCUUGUCAGAUUAAUGGCAUAUUUUGAAUGGAAUUGGAUAGGACUCAUUGUCUCAGAUGAUAUGAGAGGAGAGAAAUUCUUCUGGGAAAUGAAAGAGGAAAUGGUAAAAAAUGGUGUUUGCUUAUCUUUCACAGAGAAGAUCCCUGUCAGCGAGAGAAGAUAUAAGGAAUCAUAUGAGAACUUCAUGCCCAGAAUCUUAGCAUCAUCAACCAAAGUGGUUGUCAUUCAUGGGGACACAGAUUCAUUAAUGAUUCUUAGAUACUCACAAUUUUAUAUUUUUGUAACUCAAAAGGUCUGGAUUGCCACAUCUCACUGGGACAUUACGAUGAGACCACUCCAUGUUAGUGGUUAUGCUUUCAAUGGGACUCUCACAUUUUCAUACUUGACAAAUGAAAUUCCUGGGUUGAAGACUUUUCUUAAGAAGGUUACACCUUUUAAAUACCCAGAUAAUAUUUUACUUAGGGAAUUCUGGCUCUCAGCUUUUAGGUGCUCAGAUCAACCAAAAAACCCAGAGCUGGAGAUAUGUUCACCAAAUGCUUCCCUGGAGACUUUGCCUGUGUGCUUUUUUGAUAUGACCAUGUCUGGCUUGAGUUAUACCAUCUACAAUACUGUCUAUGCUGUGGCUUGGGCUCUCCAUGAAAUAUUUGUGAGAAAAUCAGAGAAAAGGAGACUAGAAGAUGAAGAACAUUUAAUACCUUCUCCUUGGCAGCUACACUAUUUCCUGAAGAAUACCCAGUUUAAGAACAGUGCUGGUGAUGAUGUGUUUGUAGAAGAGAGUAAAACUUCUGAAGCUCAAUACGCCAUUAUGAACUAUGUGAUCUUUCCUAAUGAUACAGAAGUUCUGAUAAAAGUGGGUCAGUUUAUACCUAAGGUUUCACUUGAUGGAGAUUUCACAAUUCAUGUGGAUGCCAUAGAGUGGGGCUGGUGUAAUUCAAAGGUUUCCUGUGGAGUAUGCAGUGACAAUUGUGGCCCUGGAUUCAGGAAGACCCCAUUGCAAGGGCAGCCAGUCUGCUGCUUUGAGUGCUCCCAGUGCCCAGAAGGGGAGAUUUCUAGCCAGAUGAAUGCAGAGCAUUGUAUGAAGUGCCCAGAGGAUGAAUACCCAAAUAAGCAGAGAGAUCGCUGCCUCCCCAAGGUUGUGACCUUCCUGAAUGUGAAAGAACCUUUGGGGAUGACUUUGGUCUUCAUGACUUUCUCCUUAUCUUUACUGACAGCUCUUGUUCUGGGAGUCUUUGUGAAGUUCCAACACACUCCCAUAGUCAAAGCCAAUAACAGGAAUCUCAGCUAUACGCUCCUCAUUUCCCUUAUCUUCUGUUUCCUCUGCUCCCUGCUCUUCCUAGGUCAUCCUACAGCUGCCACCUGUUUCCUUCGACAAACAGUAUUUGGAGUUGUCUUCACAGUGGCUGUUUCCUCCAUUUUAGCCAAAACUAUAAUAGUGGUUCUGGCUUUCAAAGGUAUCAGGCCAGGGAGCAGGAUCCGCAUGUUCAUGCAUCCUAGAGUGUCGAUCUAUGUUGUUCUCAUCUGUUCAGGAAUUCAAGUGAUUUUCUGUGUUCUUUGGUUGGUUACUUAUCCUCCCUUUCCAGAGGCAGACACACACUCUGAAUAUGGCCACAUAAUUCUUAGAUGCAAUGAAGGGUCUGACUUUAUAUUUUACUGUGUCUUGGGCUACUUGGGCUUUCUGGCUCUGGGAAGCUUUACCGUGGCUUUCCUGGCCAGAAACCUUCCUGACACCUUCAAUGAAGCCAAGUUCAUCACUUUUAGCAUGCUGGUGUUUUGCAGUGUCUGGGCCUCUUUUCUUCCCACAUAUCAUAGCACCAAAGGGAAGGCCAUGGUGGUGGUGGAGAUCUUCUCCAUCUUGGCCUCCAGUGUUGGGUUAUUGGGCUGCAUUUUUAUUCCAAAGUGUUAUGUGAUCCUCUUGAAACCAGACAGAAAUACCCUGGAAAAGAUCCAAAAUAAACAAGAUUCCAGAGGCAAGAUUUUUCUGUAG